AUGGCGAAUCCAUUUGGAUCCACACCGCUUUCGCGUGCUAGGCAACGGAACGCGUAUACCUUAGACAAUGCCUAUAUGGCCAGACAUAUAGACGUGGCUGGCAUCAUCGGUCUCAGCAUCGCAGUCAAACUAUCCAAAUACUUGAAAGUCACUGUCAUCGCAAGAGAGUUACCCGGAGAUGUUGGCAUUGACUAUGCUUCCCCAUGGGCAGGGGCACACUUCCGCCCCACCCCCGCAAAAACAGAAGAGGAACGAAGAGAGCAGGCCUGGAUGCGACAAGCCUACAAAGAAUUCGAGGAGAUCGCAAAAUACCACCCGGAAGCGGGCGUGGAUUUUAUUCCCGCAGUCGAAUAUUUCGAUAACGCCGACGCAACCUCGUUCCUGGCAGAAGAAAAGGGAUACACCACAUGGCCGGACUUCCAUAUUCUCGACACUGCACAAUUGCCUCCUCAGCUUCAAUCUAUCCAGCUAGGCGUUACCUACCGCAGCUGGGUCCUGAACUCGCCGGUCUAUUUGAAGUGGCUACAGAAGCGGGCAGAGGCGCAGGGGACUCGGUUCAUUCGAGCUCAUCUGACGGACCUGGAACAGGUUGUGUCUGCCUAUCAGGAGAAUACAUCCCAAGAUGAAAGCGAUGAUAUUUUGGCUGUUGUUGAUGCCAGCGGGAGGGGUUCAAUGAUCCCAAGUCUUUCCCCUCACGGGGUCAGUUCAUCAUCGUCUCAAACCACUGUGAUAAAACGGUCAGUCAUCAUUGGAGUGAUGGUUCCUCUACGGUCUGAGGAUGUCGACGACGCUUCAACUGAAGCCAUCCUGAAAAGGGUGAGAGAUCUAUGCCCCGAUAUGGUUGGCGGGAAUGCGGAUGAACUGGCUUCGACGAACGGGUUUGAUCUAAAGCAAGUCUAUGUUGCUCGGCGCCCAAUGAGGCGUGAUGGACUCCAUUUUGUCUUGAAGUCAUUAGUGGGCCAUACUGUGAAUCCUCUUCUCCUGAUCUCUUGCUACGGUGCUGGGGCAAAUGGGUACACAAUUAGCUGGGGACUGGCGUGUGAAGUCGACAAGUUCUUUUCUCCUACUAGAUAG